CAUAUCCAUCAUCCCAACCACUAAAUCCGUGCGCACAAACAACCCCAUAGAAUGAUUUCUCCAUCUAAAUAACCCUAAACCUCCUUCCCCCUCACCCACAACCCUCCAUUUCUCCUUUCCGCACUCCCUCAAAAUCAAAGGGAUACUACACCCGUACAACACCACAAUCGCAUCACCAAGCCUCGCCCGGCACGGAGCCAUACCGAUAUAGCGGUGCGCACGCGUGACCAUGACACGCCGCGAUUUCUUGGUAGUGGUGUCUAGGAAGCGGGAGAGGAAGGUGUCGGGGUUAGAUUCUGGGUUUGACCCUGGGUCUUCUAGGUCUGAGGGGGCUCUUUGGAAGGGUCUUGAUGCGGGUUUAACCGGGGUUCUUGAGGGGAUGGUGCGUGGGAUGGAGGUAGAGGAUCUGAGGAGGGAGUACAAGGUGUGCGAGUUGUUAAGGCGGAGGGGGAGGUUUGCGGUGAGCCAUGUUGAAAAGAUUGGGUCGAUUGGGGAGGAAGAGGCGCGUGUGUGGUUGGCGGAAGUGGAGAGGCAGGCGUAGCACGCUUCUAGGAAUUCGGAGACAUAUAUCUCUAUGGGUGCAGAGAAGCAGAGAUAUUUGUCUCGUCGGUCGAGGGAGAGGGAGCGGGUAAGUGCGGUGACGAGGGCAAGGGGGUCUUCGUCUCCCCCUUCUCUUCCAGAAGGUCUUGUAAGUUGGUCUUGCCCGUUCAGUAUACCGUGGAACGGUCUAUCGGAAGCACAUAUGAAGCUUUUACAUCUUGUCUCGCAACCCUCCAACGAUCCCAGUUCGCCAAUCGUAUCUAGUAUAACACCGUGACACGAGAUCUCAGUGAGGUCGACGUCGAACUCGACGCGUGCCCUACUUCGAAGAUAGGGACCAGGAGCAUCAUAAGCAGCGUUCCACGUAGGAGAGUGCAACGGUCUAAAAUUUCCCACGUGCUCGCUCGCACUUUGGCUUGCCAGGAGAGGCACCGGACUUAUAUAAUCGAUGGAUACUCUCCAGUCUGGUGACCACGAUGGCCAAUCAUCUGUCUCUUCAUCCACUCUCAGCGUGGAGACAAUAGGAGAAGAGUCGGAGUAUCUGCUAAAGAUAUGCGAAAAGCAGAUGAUGUCCAGACUAGAGUACUGUUCCCAGAAAGAGCGAACAAGCCUUGCAAAUUGCGUCUGCACAGGGAACGUGUACUCUGGAAUUCCCACCAUCGCUCGAUCUCUAGCGUUUAUCAGGCCGAGAACAGAGUAGAUCUUAUCUCUUGGGACUGCCAUGCCAUUGAUGGAUCCUCCGCCUGUUGAAUGCAGAAUCAAAGACACUCCUU